AUGCGGCAUGCGGACGUCGAACCGCCAUGGCCAUCGAUGGUGAUCGAUCCAUGGGCGCAAAAUAACUAUAGCAACCCUUCGCAUCACGGCGAUUCUAGGAAACCCGGCGAUAAAAUACAGGAAUGGUCUUCGCUUAUUGGUAUCGUCACAGCCAUUGUGGGCAACGUUCUUAUCGCUCUUGCGCUCAAUGUCCAGAGAUACGCCCACAUCCGGCUGCAUAAGCAACGGAAUAGAAACCGAAGGAGAGCCAAGGAAGCUACGAAACAUAACCAAAACGGAGACCACGGAGGAUCAUAUGGUACUAUCGGCGGAGAUAGCAACGGAGCCGGAUAUCACAAUGGCCAUGGUGCAGAUGAACAAAAUCACGCCAACGGGAGUCGUGAGACAGACCCUUUGACUGGAUCUUUCCACUCGGAAGCCUCCGAAAGCUCUGGCAGCAAGCAAGAUGAAGACGACACAUCAGCUUCGUACCUCAAAUCUCCCUACUGGUGGCUCGGUCAAGUUCUUAUCACGCUCGGAGAAAUGGGCAACUUUUUGGCAUACGGAUUUGCUCCCGCCUCGAUCGUCUCUCCGCUUGGUGUCGUUGCGUUGAUAUCAAACUGUAUCAUUGCGCCAGCCAUGUUUCACGAAAAGUUUCGCCAUCGCGACUUCUGGGGUGUGGUGAUUGCCGUGGGUGGUGUAGUUACUGUUGUUUUGAGCGCAAAGCAAGAGGAGACCAAACUGAACCCUCAUGACGUGUGGGAUGCCAUCACUACCUUGGCUUUUGAGAUUUAUCUGGCUGUGACCAUAUUUCUUAUUAUAUGCCUCAUGUGGGCAAGUCCCAGGUAUGGGAAGCGCACAAUUCUCAUUGACCUGGGACUGGUCGGCUUGUUUGGUGGUUACACUGCUCUUGCGACCAAGGGCGUAUCUUCAAUGUUGUCGUCCACUUUAUGGCGUGCCUUUGCAACUCCUGUCACAUAUGUUCUCAUCGCGAUCCUUCUUGGUACGGCUAUUAUGCAAAUUCGUUACGUCAACAGGGCUCUGCAACGAUUCGACUCGACACAGGUCAUCCCGAUCCAGUUCGUCAUGUUUACGCUUUGUGUGAUUAUUGGCAGCGCCGUCCUCUAUCGCGACUUUGAGCGCACAAACACCGAGCAGGCGGCCAAAUUUGUUGGAGGCUGUUUACUCACCUUUUUUGGCGUCUUCCUCAUUACUAGCGGACGUGAGCAGAGCCAUGAUGAUGACGAAGUUCUGUCAGAGGCCGGCGAUUUUGAGGACACUAUUGGUCUUGCCAAUCAGGAUGGUAACGGUGCGUCAAAUUACCAAGAUGUUCAAGGGUUUUCUACUCCCAAGUCGCAAUCACGGCGAUCUAGUCAUCUUUCCAAUUUGAACCUCUCUGACGCACACAGAGCCUUGGUAGCAGUUGUCACACCGCAACACGAAAACAUUGUUCCAUCGGCCAAGGUUAUGAAUUCGCAAAGGUCCCCGGGUCAGGAGACUCUAGCUUCUGGUUUUCCUUGGAAUGACUAUGGGGGCCCUUCAACACCACCAGGACGAGGCGUUAGGGCGUACUCGACUGAUUCGGUUCUUGUAGCGCCAGGAGCUACGUCUGCAGGAGCGUUUGCUUCUCACCCAACGACACCAAUGAGAGAGCCUAUGGCGAGUGACGGAUCACUUCUUCCCCGCGCACUUGCUAGCCCUACAAAACCCAGUGGUCCUGGGAGCCGAUCCAGAACUUUUAUCUCCCCCUCUCCCCUCUCCUCGACAGUCACAGCCGUAGUCAAGGAUGCUUUUCUGCGGGCGUCCGAUGAUCCUCGUGUGCGCCAGUCCUCAAUGCGCCGUAUACGUUCCACCAUCCGUGCCGGGCUGUUCUUUAACGAAGACGGUGAGAACGCAGAUGCCGAAAACACUGCCCAAUCAAACAUCUUAUCUACGAGCGCGGCGGUUCCAGCGUCAGUUGAAAAUCUACCCAGCACUCUAGAGGAAGACGAGGGGCCCACAGCGGAGGGCGAUCAGACGCGUCGAAGAUCGCGAAGUGUGAGCGACACAUUAGGCGACUUCUUUGGCGUCAAGCGCAAAAAGCGCUAUGACAGCUAUUUCGCAGGCGACGUAGAAGAUGGGACCUUGUGA